UUCUCUCCAUUCUUUUGUCGAAGGGGGAAAUUUCAAUUUUUUGAAGGAAAUUCUCUCCUCUGGGUCCAUUCUUUAUCAGCAGUUAGCUAGCUAGUGAAGUUGUUUCAUUUCAUUGGGUUCUUGCUCGUGGAUCAAUGGCGCGGAUGGCAAGCAAGGGGGCCAGCGGGCGCGAGCGCGAGGCGGGGAAGAAGGCGCUGCUGCUGGGGCGGUUCGAGGUGGGGAGGAUGCUGGGGCAGGGCAACUUCGCCAAGGUGUACCAGGCGCGCAACGUGGCCACCGGCGAGGAGGUGGCCAUCAAGGUGAUCGAGAAGGAGAAGGUGUUCAAGUCCGGCCUCACGGCGCACAUCAAACGCGAGAUCGCCGCGCUCCGCCGCGUGCGCCACCCGCACAUCGUGCAGCUCUACGAGGUCAUGGCCACCAAGCUCCGCAUCUACUUCGUCAUGGAGUACGUGCGCGGCGGCGAGCUGUUCGCGCGCGUUGCCAAGGGCCCCCUGCCGGAGGCCGAGGCCCGGCGCUACUUCCAGCAGCUGGUCUCCGCCGUCGCCUUCUGCCACGCGCGCGGGGUGUACCACCGGGACAUCAAGCCUGAGAACCUCCUCGUUGACGACGCCGGCGACCUCAAGGUCUCCGACUUCGGCCUCUCCGCCGUCGCCGAGCAGAUGCGCCACGACGGGCUGUUUCACACCUUCUGCGGCACCCCGGCGUACGUCGCCCCCGAGGUGCUCUCCCGCCGCGGCUACGACGCCGCCAAGGCUGACCUCUGGUCCUGCGGCGUCGUGCUCUUCGUCCUCGGCGCCGGCUACCUCCCCUUCCAGGACCGGAACCUCGUCGGCAUGUACCGCAAGAUCCACAGGGGCGACUUCCGCUGCCCCAAGUGGUUCUCCCCGGAGCUCCUCCGCCUCAUGCACCGCGUGCUCGACACCAAGCCGCCGCGCCGCGCCACCGUCGACGAGAUCAUGGACAACGAAUGGUUCAAGGUCGGAUUCCGCCGCUUCUCCUUCCGCAUCGAGGAUGACCGAUCCUUCACCUGCUUCGACCUCGACGACGGCGACGCCUACGCGCCCACCUCGCCGCCCGACACCCCGCGGACGACGGACGGCAGCGACUACGGCGACGCGACCGAUCAGCAACAGAGAAUCUCGGGAGGGAUGACAUCGUGCGGAUCGGCGCCGUCGCUUCUGGAAGGGAGGUUCGGGCAGCUGGGCGGGAGCUCGCGGCGGCGGUCGAGCCUGAACGCGUUCGACCUCAUCUCCUUCUCCCCGGGGUUCGACCUCUCGGGGCUGUUCGAGGACGGCGGCGGCGAGGGGAGCAGCGGGGAGGGCGAGCAGCAGCAGAACGCCGCGCGGUUCGUGUCGGCGGCGCCGGUGGAGCAGAUCCUGGCGGCGCUGGAGCGGACGGCCGCGGCGGCGGGCAUGGCGGUGCGGGCUCGGGUGGACGGGUCGGUGAUCAUGGAGGGGACGCGGGAGGGCGCCAACGGCGCGCUGGCGGUGGCCGCGGAGAUCUACGAGCUGACGCCGGAGCUGGUGGUCGUGGAGGUGCGGCGCAAGUCCGGCGGCGCGGCCGAGUACGAGGAGUUCUACCGGGCGCGCCUCAAGCCCAGCCUCCGGGAGCUCAUGACCGAGGAGCCGGCGCCACGCGUCGGCUCCAAGGAGCUCACUCGGAGCGUGUGAUCGUGCCGUCCAUGCAUGCACGCACGGACCCACGUCUGUUUGACUCGUCGUAUACAUGGCGUCCGUAUACUUGGCCUGUUGGCCGUAGGGCUGUGCCUACAUACGUACAUAUCUGGCACACGAAUACAUACGUAUGUAUGUACCAAAAAAAGUAUGCACAUACACAUACAAUUUUUUGGGCGGUGAUAUGGAUGGUACCUAUUUUGAAAGGUCCAUUCCAUAAGGGUAAAAAUGGGGGAAAUGGGAGGAUUGUUGAUUAAUUAUUAGGAGAUCAUGUGUGUUAACUGGUAAGUGUGAGAUAUUUGAUGUUGUUUGAUGUAUGAAUUCGCUGUAUAUUUUGAUAAGGAAAUUAAUGAAACCGAUCUCUUUUUUUUGGUGUAAUCGAAAA